AUGAUUCUAGUUAAUAAAAUAUUCAAGUUUAAGACUAAAAUUAAGUAAAAUAAAAUCAAGAUUAAGAGAUGCAAGAACUAAAUGAAGGAAUUGAAGUAUCAAGAAGACUUUGAACAAAUGUCAGACAAACUCUAUCAGAAGCCACUUAAGUAGCUUAUAAAUGAGAAAAAGCACUUUGGCAAGAGCGUAAAAGAUAUAUGUAGAAAUGUAGAUCAGAGAUGUUAUAUGAAUGAAAAGAAUAAAAAGCAUCGAAUAGUUUCACCAUAUCAUAGAUUUGCUAGUGCAAUUCUGCCAUAGCUUAAACUCGACAAACCAGGACUCGAGUUUACAGAGUAUACACCAAUAAUAGCUAAGAGGUGGGGUGAGAUGACUGCAGAUGAAAAAUUAUAGUAUUAAGAUUAGGAUACCCAAUUUAAAACAUAAAAAGAACUUUAGCAAAAGAGAUAGGAUGAAAUGUUUGAAGCCAUGAGGCAAAAGGAAUUGAAAUAUUAGCAGUAAAAAGAAGAACAAGCCAAUUAAGAGUAGGUGACAUUAGAUGGCUAUGUAUAUUAUGCAGAAAUAGAAAGAGGAGAGCUAAAGAAGAACUAUCCUAAAAUGAGGGUAGCUGAAAUAAUAUAAAAGGUAAAUGAAAAAUGGGAAAAAAUGUCUGAUAAGCAAAAAUAGCAUUAUGAUAGAGAAGCUUAUAAAUUCAAAAACAAAGCCAAGCGCAGUAAAUAUCAAGAGUUUUGA